AUGCUCAUCCAGGCUUUGUUUGCCGACAAAUUGUCCACGGGCGCGUCGGACGGCAUCCGCGGACUUCCCGUCUCUACUUCCGAGCAAGAACACUGUCGACCGGACAUAACCCUCGUGUCAAGGGGCCAGACCUUACUUCCACACCCUGUCUAUAACAAUCAUUAUGACAGGAAGAAAGAAAUCAACUCAUUAGUUAUGAAUGAGCCCACUGGACGAUUUGUCAUCACCGCUCGUGGACGGAGCGCGAACAUGCCGAACUCAUCAACCUCUCCGCAUUCGGAUAGACAGCUGUGCUGCUUGUGGUACACCACAUACGGGAUAUUCACAUGGCGGAACAACUCAUGCUUGACGCCUUGA